AUGACUUUGACCGCAUGGAAUACAUUGCCUAUUUCAACGGUGGAUGUGAUUAAUUUACUAAAUACUGAUUUUAACAUGUAUACGACCGAACCAUUGUUACCAGAGGAAUGGGUGAAAUUUCAUCGAAUCCUAGUUGGUAAUUGGUAUAAUGAGCAACCAUAUGAAGUGAAAUCACGUGAAUCGUGCCCAAAAUUGCAGAAUAUUCAUAAUGACGGUUUUCGAACGAUGCGUGAUAAUACACAGCGUGCACCAUUAUCAAAGGUGAAUAUCAACCCAAAGUUGUCAUCGACCGGUUCAAGUGGAAGUAGAGUUCACGACAAACGCCUACAAAAUCAAUGUUUACCCAUAAAUUAUAUUGAAAAUAAUCGUCGCAAUACACAGAAUAUAUGGAUGUCCGGAAAGAAAGCUGAACACAAGCUUUCGAAGAGCGUUCGUGGUGGAAGUGGUCAUGGCUUUGUACAAGGACAGCAUAAUGGUAAAAUAGUACGACACAGAAAUUGA